UUUGGGGGCAAUGGUUUAAAGUACAGACAUUCCUCAAGUUCACAUUGAGGUGAUUUAUGUGUAAAAAGGGGAAGUGUGUGUCAGUUCUUUUGGGACCUGUUGCAGAAUUAAGUUGAUCGUUGGGGAUUGGUUAUGCAGAUGCCCUGCCCUUGUUCAUAGGGAAGUGUGACGGGCUUACAAGGAAUAUUGCAUAAAAGAAAUUUAGCAAGAUGGUACAGCUACUCCACUUUAUUUUUCUGAUCUCUGUGCUUGGUUCUUUGCACCAUACUGUAAAUGGAAUUGCCAUGGAAAAACUUGCAAAUAAAAAGCUUUGUGCAGAUGAAGACUGUGCAUAUGCCAUUUCCCUUGCCAAGGCAGAGGAUGAUUAUAUUGCUGUGGACUGCAGGUUUAUUAACAUAAGGAGAGGACAAUUGAUCUACGUUUAUUCUAAACUGGUACCAGAAGAAGGGGCUGGAGAAUUUUGGUUCGGAAAUGUUUAUAACGACCGCUUUGUGGAUCAGAUGGGUGUCUUAGGCUAUUUCCCCAGCAAUUUAGUCAAAGAAACUCAUGUUUUCCACAAGGGGAAGACAGAAAUUAUGACAACGGAUAUGGAUUUCCACUGCGAAUAAAAUUGAAGAAGAUUGUUUGCACAAAGUCUCUUCAAAAUUCAAAAUCUUCUGACUUUAAAAGUAGUUAUGUUUGAAAUAAAAAGUGAGAGAUAAAGGCUUAAUUAGUUGGAACAGUAAUUAUGCAAUGUCUUGCAUGUUUCUUGAAAUAACAUAACUUUUUAACAUUUCAUUUUUCAAAUAUGAAUUCAACUGUUGUUUUAAUGUAAUCUGCUCUUACUAAUUUGUAUGCAUAGUUGCAUUAAAUAAAGCCUUUUAAGGAUA